GCGAUCCUGCGAGAUUACGAUGAUUGCGUUCAAGAGGCAGCUAUCGCCGCUAUGCGUGCACGAGGCUUUGUAUGGGCAACUGUCUACUUACACAGUUAUUCACCCACUUUAGCGUUCAGGGCUAACACCUCGAGGUUUUCUUCCCCAGAAAAUAAUAGGAACAUUCCAGCACACCUGAGCUCGCUCCGCACUUUUGGAACAAAGCCCAAUACUGACGGAUUGGCAUAUAAAUGCGAGUGGCCUUCUUGUGUUUUUGCUUGUGCUUUCCCUAGUGCCCUACGUGUUCAUAUGCGUGUGCAUACUGGGGAACGCCCUUACUCUUGCGAACAUCCUGGUUGCGGAAAAAAGUUUAAAAUCAGCAGCCAAUUGAAAGAACAUUUGCGUGUGCAUACUGGAGAACGCCCCUACUCUUGCGAACAUCCUGGUUGUGGAAGGAAGUUUACAAAUCACACCGGUCUGAGGGUACAUAUGCGUGGGCAUACUGGAGAACGUCCCUACUCUUGCGAGCAUCCUGGUUGUGAAAAGAAGUUUACAACUCACUCCGUUCUGAGGGUACAUAUGCGUGUGCAUACUGGGGAACGCCCUUAUGUGUGUGACUUUCCUGGCUGUGGCAAAGGCUUUACACAGCAGUCUGGUCUGAACUAUCAUCUGAAAUCACAUAAUGUUAAGUCACUAUAAUUUACAGUUUCUUUUUCUUGGCUUUACAUAAUACUACGUGAGAUAUACACCCACAAGCUAAUAACAGUCGGUGUUCAUGCAGAGCCUGAGAUUUCGCCAGAAUUGUGAGCAUCAGCAUUUGAAAGCAAUAAACCAAAC